UCAAAAUUCAGCUCACCAUAAACCCUAUCUCUUUCCUUAAAUAGCUUUCAUUUUCCACCUCAACAUCUCCGAACAACAAUGGCUUCCUCUACACCCCCACCCCACUGUGCACUCACUACUUCUACUAAACCUUAUACCCACCCCCCUUUACCCCACACCCCACACCCCCACCCUCGUCACCGUCAAUGGUCCUCUCAAAAGGUAUCCUUAAACCGACCCCCUCCUCCUUCCCCGUUUGACCCGAUUCGUUCUUCAAGAUCCGAUUUCACUUCCGACUUCUCGGGUCGACGCUCGACCCGAUUCGUUUCCAAGUUGCAUUUCCGAACACCCAAACUCAACAACAAUGCCAAACACUCUUCAUUUGCUCAGGCAGCUCUACAAGAGCUCGUUAACGGUAACGACAAAAACGACGUCCUUUUGGAUGAGGUGUUGGUGAAUUAUGGGGGUAAGUUCAAUGGGGCUGAUGAUUAUACGUUCUUGAUAAGAGAGCUAGGGAAUAGAGGUGGAUGGGAAGCUGCUAUGCGAUGUUUUGAGUUUGCUGUAGGGAGAGAAAGGAGGAGGAAUGAACAAGGGAAGCUAGCGAGUUCGAUGAUUAGUAUACUUGGGAGAUCAGGGAAGGUUGAUUUAGCUGAGAAGGUGUUUGAUAGUGCAGUGAAGGAUGGCUAUGGUAGUACGGUCUACGCGUACUCCGCGUUGAUCAGCGCAUACGCGAAGAGCGGGUAUAGCAGCGAGGCGAUUAGGGUGUUUGAAACGAUGAAAGGUUCGGGCUUGAAGCCGAAUUUAGUGACUUAUAAUGCGUUGAUUGAUGCUUGUGGGAAAGGGGGAGCGGAUUUUAAGAAGGCGUAUGAGAUGUUCGAGGAAAUGUUGAGGAAUGGGAUACAACCGGAUAGGAUAACGUUUAAUUCGUUGCUUGCUGUUUGUAGUGGUGCUGGAUUGUGGGAGAAUGCGAGGGGUUUGUUUAACGAGAUGAUUUAUAGAGGAAUUGAUCAGGAUAUAUAUACGUAUAAUACGUAUUUGGAUGCAGCGUGUAAUGGGGGUCAGAUAGAUGUUGCUUUCGAUAUCAUGUCUGAGAUGCACGCUAAGAGUAUUUUGCCUAACCAGGUAACGUAUAGUACUGUGAUUCGCGGGUGUGCAAAGGCGGGGAGGUUAGACAGAGCGUUGAGUUUGUUUAAUGAGAUGAAGUGUGCGGGGAUAACGUUGGACAGGGUUUCGUAUAAUACUUUACUCGCUAUAUAUGCAAGCUUGGGAAGAUUUGAGGAGGCUCUUAACGUUAGCAAGGAGAUGGAGAGUAUGGGAAUUAAGAAAGAUGUUGUUACUUACAAUGCUCUUCUCGAUGGGUUUGGCAAACAGGGAAUGUAUGCAAAGGUUAAGCAGUUGUUUGUGGAGAUGAAAGCGGAAAACCUUUCGCCCAACUUACUGACGUACUCCACGCUGAUCAGCGUGUACUUGAAAGGAGGUCUGUAUCACGACGCGGUAGAGGUGUAUAAGGAGUUCAAGAAGCAAGGUUUGAAGGCAGAUGUUGUUUUCUAUAGCAAGCUUAUUGAUGCCUUAUGUAAAAAAGGCCUCGUGGGGUAUUCUUCGUUGUUGCUUAAUGAGAUGACGAAGGAAGGGAUACAACCAAAUGUUGUUACAUACAACUCGAUAAUCAAUGCUUUUGGUGAAUCAGCAAGCAACGAAUGUGGAUCAGACAAUGUCGCGCAGAUUGUAUCCGCGAGUUCUCGGAGUAAGUGGGAAUACACUGAAGAGGAUAGUAUCAUUAAGAUUUUUGAGCAAUUGGCUGCUCAAAAGUCGGCUAGUGGGAAGAAAACUAAUGCCGAAAGACAGGACUUGCUCUGUAUUCUGGGUGUCUUCCAUAAGAUGCAUGAAUUGCAAAUAAAGCCUAAUGUUGUCACGUUUUCAGCAAUCCUGAAUGCUUGCAGCCGAUGCAGUUCAUUCAAUGAAGCUUCACUCUUACUCGAAGAACUUCGUCUAUUUGAUAAUCAAGUUUAUGGGGUGGCUCAUGGACUUCUCAUGGGUCAGCGGGAAGGUGUAUGGGCACAAGCUUUAUCUCUUUUCAAUGAAGUGAAGCAGAUGGACUCUUCAACUGCAUCUGCCUUUUACAAUGCUUUGACUGACAUGCUGUGGCAUUUUAACCAGAAACAAGGUGCUCAAUUGGUUGUACUUGAAGGUAAACGUUCGGAAGUAUGGGAAAAUACAUGGUCCACUUCUUGCUUGGAUUUGCAUUUGAUGUCUUCAGGGGCUGCAUGUGCAAUGGUCCAUGCAUGGUUGCUUAGUAUAAGGUCUAUUGUGUAUGAAGGCCAUGAGCUGCCAAAGAUGUUGAGCAUUUUGACUGGCUGGGGCAAGCACAGCAAAGUAACAGGUGAUGGCGCCCUGAAACGAUCCAUUGAAGGCCUGCUCACCAGCAUAGGUGCACCAUUCCAGGUAGCAAAGUGCAACAUCGGGAGGUUCAUAUCGACUGGAGCUGUGGUAGCUGCCUGGUUGAGAGAAUCAGGCACACUUGAAGUGCUUGUUCUUCAAGACGAUAGAAGUCACUUGAGUGCCGCCACAAGGUUUGGUCAAAUUUCUAAUUUACAGGCACUAACAUUGUAGUAGUAUUCCUAAUAUUUUGACGGGGAAUAUGACAUUUCAAUUCCAGUGUAAAUAAGUGUGUAAUUAUACAUAUUCCUUUGUUGGGUGUGAAA